UAAAUUUUUGCGAUUCAUUUCAGUCCAGUGGGGCCUUACUUCCGAAUACUUAAGCUGAAGAAAGGAGACCAUUGGAACACUGUGCUUAGGUUUGUGAACGUGUUUGAUCGUGGACGAUACUUGUAUGAAUUUUGACAUACAGCCGGUGUAAAACAUGGGAGGACUUUUGGCCUCGCCUAAAACUGACAAAUAUAAUGAAACCGGCUGUGGAAAUGGAUUACGUUACGGUAUAUCGAGUAUGCAAGGCUGGCGUCUUUCAAUGGAAGAUGCACACUGUGCUAUAACUCAGCUUCCUGGAAACCUAAAAGAUUGGUCAUUUUUCGCUGUUUUCGACGGUCAUGCAGGAGCUUUGGUGUCUGAACUAUGUGCGACGGAACUGCUAAAGUGUAUUGUGGAUACUGAAGAGUUCAAGAAAAUCAACCCUGACCUUGCACCUAGUUUACAAGAAGUAGAACGUGGUAUUCGAGACGGUUUCUUAUCUUUGGAUGAUCGUCUUCGUCAUCUUCCUCAACUUGCUAGUGGAGAAGAUAGGUCAGGAUCUACUGCUGUUUGUGUACUCAUUACACCGAAACAUAUUUUCUUUGCCAACUGUGGAGAUUCUCGUGCAAUACUAAUUCGUAAAGGAAAAGUUGCUUUUGCUACUGUCGAUCAUAAACCAGUAAAUCCUAAUGAAAAACAACGUAUACAAAACGCUGGUGGUUCAGUUAUCAUACAACGAGUAAAUGGUUCUCUUGCUGUUUCUAGAUCACUAGGUGAUUAUGCUUUUAAAGCAGCCAAAGAUCUUGGGCCUACAGAACAGUUGAUCUCUCCAGAGCCUGAAAUUACUGUAGUUGAUCGUGAUAAAGACUUAGAUGAGAUUAUUGUCUUAGCAUGUGAUGGGAUUUGGGAUGUGUUAACCAAUGAAGAACUCUGUUCACUAUUACAAAAUCGUAUGCGAUGUGUUGAAGACUUGUCAAUGAUAUGCAAUGAAACUAUAGAUAUGUGUUUGUAUAAAGGUAGUUCUGAUAACAUGAGUAUGGUCCUAGUUGCAUUCGAUCCUGCUCCACGAGUAGAUCCUACUUCUAAAGCUGAAGAUGAAAAUUUAGAAUCGAUUUUAGUACAGCGAACAAAAGAAUUUCUUGAAAAGCACACUAAAAAUGAAGUGACAACUGAAAUGGUUCUAGAGCAUUUACAAGGAUCUGUUGGCAAUUUACUAUCCUCUGGAAAUUGGCUUUGCAAGAUUGGUAAAAUUCAAGAACUGAUUGAUUCACAUCGUCUUGCCUGUUCAAAUCGAGGAUCGCAACAAAACCGAUGAUCCCACCAACGCCACCACCACCACCACUAUCUCCUUCUGCUCCUGCCUCAUAUAUGAUUUUCGCUUUUCUGUAUUUCUUUAUCUCUCUGUCUUCUGUGAAACGAUGUAUUCAAAUAAUCUUUUUCGUCUAGUUCAUGAUACACACACACACACGCUUGAUGAGUAAUGCCCAAAUUCCCUUCUAAUCUAGUCGUUGGUUUGACAACUGGAUUGAUGAUCACCCGACUAAUUGUGUUUUCCCUGUAAGGUAGAUAUAUAGAUAUACAUCUUUAAUGAGAUAACCAAGCUAUCUUAUCUUUUUGGAUGUGUGUAUACAUGCAACAUUAUAUACAAUACGUCUUAUCUGUCUAAAAUAUUCAUCCAUCCUUCGCGCAUAUGUGUGCGUACACGCGUGCUCGUAUACAUGCUCGUAUAACAUACACAUAUACAUACAUAUAUGUGCAUUAUAUGCUCAAGAUCUUAUUUUGCUUCAUUCAUUACAUUCAUUGAUUAUCCUUCUUCUCUUUUCUCUUUUCUUUUGUCACAUAGCACCUACAGAGUGUUUUGUAUAUGAACAUACUUUUUUGGUGUUGUUGUAAAGUGUGUGUGUGUGUGUAUAAUCGCCUCAGUGUUCCUUCUCAUCAUCACUGUGUUGUUGUUGUUGUCGUCGACUACGACGACGACGAAGAAGAAGAAGAAACAAACAAGACGCCGUAUAUCCUCUUCUGUCGAUCCUCCUCUGACUUCCGCGCCAUCACCACCACCACCACACCACCUCUCCCCUGCCUGCCCCACCUCUGGUUUUCUUUCAAAAUUUCUCCACUCAUAUAUUACCUAUGUGUAUGUAUACACAUAUAUAUAAAUAUAUAUAUUCUCUUUAUUUGUGUAUGAUAUUUCACUAUUUUCUUCUAAUUGAUUGAUUGGGUUAGUUGAUGAUGAGCUGUAAUCUCUCUCACUCUCUCUCUCUCUUUUCACUAGUUAUUCCGCGUAUGAUUUGUCAUUUCUAUCACUUCAGCUGAUUAUUAGAAAAGAAAGAGAAAAACAAUCUAUAAAGUGCAUUUAUUUUUAGCUAAAGAAGAAAACCGAAUAAGUGACACCAUCGUCAUUGUCUCUGUGUGUGUGUGUGUAUUUCUGUGUUGUCCUUCCGUUGUGUAGCUCCUUCUCCGCCUCCUCCUCCUCCUACUACUACUAUCGCUAUCACCAUCACUGUUAUCGUAGCUUCUUGUGCUUUUAUCUCUCUUUUUUUAUUUUGUAAACCUCCUAUCUAACUUUCUCCCUCCCUCGGCAAACAGUUGGUGAAUGUGUUGUACUCAACAGUAUUUGUUCUUGUGUCUCUUUUUGUUUUUUUGAUGAGAUAACGACGACGCCGCGGCCGCGGCCGACAACAACAAGGAAUAAACUGGAGACAUAUAACAUAUUAUUAUUAUUAUUAUUGUGUGUUUAUCAUCUUGACAAUGAUGAUAAUAAUUUAAUGUUAACGAUUAUAUCAUCAGUAAUCCGGUGUAAAUUCUCCAUUCAGUACUACUCACUGAUGCUUACCACUUUAUUGUUAUCAUUAUUAUUAUUGUUAUUAUUACUUUGGUAAAGUGGGCAAGUUGGCUGAAAAUAUCAACACUUAAAAGAAUACCACCUCCUAUAGAGAAGCAGACUAAUAAUAACUAGGUUUAUAUUUCUGUGCAGUUGUCCCAUUUUCUGUCUUAACUUUUCGUUUAUUCUAUUUCCUUUUGUUUUUGCUCCCCCUCUUGCACCCCUCUCUGUCUCUCUCAUCAACAGAAUCUGUACAAGACAUGUUUAACAAUUUGUGUAUUAUUAUUAUUGUUUAAUUUCAGUGAAUUAAUUAUUUAAUUAAAUAAAAUUAGAUUCAUCUGUCAUUUUUAAUA